ACGAAAUACCUCUUACAAUCCUAGCUUCCUACAGUCGUUACUGGCCCAUCCAGCUAGCCAAAAUGCCUCGAAAGACUAGAGCUAUCUACGGGAAGAAAGCGAACAAGACAUUGUGUGCGAAAGUAGCAGAUUUCAACGCUUCGUCGAGCCCAACACGCUUGCCACUAGCGAAGACCGACGAUGUCGAUGCUGUUACGAGAAGGUUAGAGUCCGUGAAAUUAGAUGGAGAAGAGACGGAACAAAGACCUGAGAGGCGGAGGAAGGCGCUGCGGCCGAGAAAUUACAGUGCUAGGGACGUCGAGUCAACAAAAGUCCAUGUGAAGAGAGGAAUAGAAGAACAGCAAAAGCAUAAUGUUGUCUCAGACCAUGACAUCCAUGGCAUCCCCCAGAACUCAGAAGAGAUCAGAUGCAAGAGAGAUCCAACAACACAGAGCUCACCAAGGCGACCCCGAGGACGACGGCGAGCGUCACAAGCUGUUGAAGACAGGAAUACUAUAGAUCAAACAGAACCCGACUCAGAAGUGACAUCCGAAGCAAGUCAUUUCGAAGGACCAACUUACCCAAUCAUCGAGAGCACCCCACCAAGCUCGCCAAUUCAGAGGGGUUGGAAGUCACGCUCAAGACGCAUAAUUGAGGAUAGUCCUGAACCUGUGCAGAUCUCGCGGUCACACAUAUCUCUUAUUUCUGUAGUCCAAGAUACGGAUAGUGAGACUAGCCUCAGCAGCCUUCCGGAUUCGGAUAUCGAAACAAGUCAUAUUGAUGUAGAGUACACUCGCCCACUACUCCAAUACUGCAGAGACCCUAAAGGCCGAAAAGGCCCUUCCGAAUUUACGGAUUGGUCCUCGUCACUUGAAGAGCGUCUUGAUAUAAGGAAGAUUGCAGAAGCGUCUUACGGAGAAGUAUAUCGCCUGUCUGUCUCAGGCCCAUCGUCGCUAACAAGGUCGGACGAAUCGGUUCUAAAACUGAUACCACUACAACCAUCCUGGCUGAACACUCUUUCAGAGGAGGACCAGAUGGACUAUGCGUGGAUGUCGACGAUAGCGUCAGUCACCUCUGAGGUUCAACUAUUACAACGCAUGGCUUCCACACCUGGCUUCACAAAUUUCAGAGAAAUAAGAGUGGUUCAGGGGAGACCGAGCAAAUUCUUCUGUAGUGCCUGGAAAGCGUUCAACAAAGCGCAGCCUAGACAUCAGAAGAGCGAGUUCCCAGAUCCUAGCAAGAAGAUCAGCUAUGCUGAGGAUCAAUUAUGGGCUGUCAUUGAAAUGCAGGAUGCAGGGACGGAUCUGGAGCACAUCAAGGUCGAUAAUAUCUGGGCUUUAUGGGAUAUAUUCUGGGGCGUGACCCUGGCCGUCGCCAAAGCCGAAGAAUGGGCUAGAUUUGAGCACCGUGACUUACACCUUGGCAACAUCUGUAUUCGUCCAUUCGACAUCGCUUCUCCACCCCUGAUACCUACGUCGCACCAUGGAAAACUCUUCUAUACCAACCUUGAAACCACGAUAAUCGACUACACCCUCUCACGCGCCGACCUCGCUCCCUCUACAACUGUUACAACACCAGUUGCAUAUCUCGACCUCGAUGCGGACCCUGCUGUCUUUGAUGGUGACGGCCAGAAGGACUACCAAUACGACAUCUACCGCUACAUGCGCUCUGUAUUUUUCACCAACGAUCCGAAUUCCGGCUAUGAUCAGCCCAACAAGAAACUUCCUGCGAAAUUAAAAAAUCGAGGACCGAAGACCUGGGAGGGGUACAACCCGGCGACGAACGCAGUUUGGCUACACUUCGUACUUCACCAACUCCUUACUCAACUCCCUCCACCUCCACUCACCCAAGAGGAUUACGGCAACACCAAGCGUGCUGAGCAUAUAUCUCAGAAGGCUGCACGUCUAGAGCGACGACUAAGACGCCUCGAUAAGACACUGGAUUUCCGUCGGACUGAUAGGAGUGAUAACGAACGCUUCGAGAGCGCUACGCAGAUUGUUGAGUGGGCUAUUUUAUAUGGGUGGCUAGGUGAAGGGGAUAUACUUGGCGAGCGAAGGAUAACGUGAAAAUAAAAAGGCUCAACAUCGUUGGUAUGGUGUCGGAUUCUUUCUUGCGACUAGCAUAGCGGGCGUUGCGUGGGUUGUUUGUAGGUCCAUUAGCGGAGCAUUUUAUGCGUAGACACGAAUAGUAUUGUUUCAGGCUACAGGUGUGUCAUGACGCCCGUCCGACUGCGAUUCCAAGUCAAGCUUUUUCUUCAACUCUUGAUGCAUCUCCUAUCUCUCUGCUUGCUUGCUUCCUUCUCAUAUUCGUAGGAUGUAUAAUAGUGUUCAUGGCGCUCUUGUGACACGAGUCCUGUACAUCCUGGGAAGAGGACAAGAUGCGAUGAUGAAAUCUGCAAACGAGAGAAUUUACGGUGGCCCUAGCGUGC